GGACAUUAAUCACACCAAGUCCACUUGAGCAAUAAAGGUUAGGGUUGUACGAGCUUACGAGGUGCCUCCUCACUCAAGGGGAGGGAAAACAUUGGAGAUGGUGUUGCAUGACGUUGAGGGUGAUCGCAUUCACGCCAUAAUCAAACGACCACAACUUGCAAUGUACAAGCUUAUGAUUGCAGAGCAUAAGAUUUAUGCCCUAAGGAAUUUUUUGGCACUAGACAAUUACCAAACAGUGAAGACCACGGAUCAUCCUUACCUAAUACGGUUCAUCUCUAAAACUCAACUUAGGGAGGAUGCAAAAACAGAACUGUCUAUGAGGGUUUAUGAUUUUCAACCUUUUGAUAUGAUGCACGCUCAAAGGGUUGUGAACGACAAAAGUCUCAUUGAUAUCAUUGGGAAGGUUAUCGCAAAAAGCGUUGUUCAAACUCAUAUCAUCAAUGGGAAAACUGAAAGGCUUAUGGAACUUACACUGACUGACCCAGAGGGUAACAGAUUGGGUUGUGUGUUAUGGAACAAAUAAAUCAACCAGUAUCUGGAUUACAUCAAUGAGAACGAAGGAGUUCCUGUGUUUGUGAUAUUCCAACUUUGUAGACCUGAGAGAUACCAAGGUUUCAAAAAUUUAGAACAUUCUUUGUUUGGAAAAAUCAAGUUGCAUAAGACCUCACAAAAUGUUUUUAAACCUAUGUAGGGACCUUAACUGUGGCCUCUUCCUUUGAUGUAUCCAAA